AUGCAGGUGGAUGGAGGAGAGGAGAGGCCUACCAUGCAGGGAGCAGCGGCAGCAGAUUUACCUGCUCCGAAGCCAGCCUGGGCUUUGCUCGAAGAAGCGGGGCACAUGAAGACAGAAGGGAAUGCUUUUUAUCGAGAAAGGAACAUCCGUGCGGCUGUUGGCCGCUAUCACCGUGCUCUUUUGCUUCUCCGAAGCAUCGAUUCUGACGUGCAGUUGAAUUUGGAAGCAUUUGGAUCCAAGAUGCCAACUCUUACAUCUGAACAAGAGAUACUAUUGAGAGACAUUCAAGUGGACUGCUUCAAUAACAUAGCUGCCUGUUUACUUCAGAGAAAGAGCGUGGACUAUGCUCGUGUCCUGGAGUAUAGCCUGAAAGUGUUGAAGCGACGACCAGCUAACACCAAAGCAUUGUACAGGGCUGGUGUUGCCACACUGGAGCUUGGAGACGCACAGAAAGCCAAGCAGUACCUGACACAAGCCUGCACGUUGCAGCCCAAUGAUGGAAACAUCAAAAGGUACCUUCAGAUGGUCGAGGAGAAGAUUAGCAACGAGUUACUCCGGGAGAAGGCCAUGUAUCGAGGCAUGUUUGCCUCCAGCACAAAAAGCAGCUCUGGAGAAUAG